GUAACAGGGAUUUUGAUGAUGAAAAAAUCCUUAUACAGCACCAAAAAGCAAAGCACUUUAAAUGCCAUAUAUGUCAUAAGAAACUCUAUACAGGACCUGGUUUAGCUAUACAUUGCAUGCAGGUACAUAAAGAAACAAUAGAUGCUGUUCCAAAUGCUAUUCCUGGAAGAACAGACAUUGAACUGGAAAUCUAUGGCAUGGAGGGCAUUCCAGAAAAAGAUAUGGAGGAACGGAGGAGGUUACUUGAACAAAAAACUCAAGCAGAGAGCCAGAAAAAGAAACAACAGGAUGAUUCUGAUGAGUAUGAAGACGAUGAAUCUGCAGCUUCAACUUCAUUUCAGCCCCAGCAAGUUCAGCCACAGCAGGGGUACAUUCCUCCGAUGGCGCAACCAGGUUUGCCUCCUGUGCCAAGUGCGCCAGGGAUGCCUCCCGGUAUACCACCAUUAAUGGCAGGUGUUCCACCUAUGAUGCCUGGAAUGCCUCCAGUUAUGCCUGGAAUGCCACCUGGAUUACAUCAACAGAGAAAAUACAUGCAGUCAUUUUGUGGUGGAAACAUGAUGAUGCCGAUGGGUGGAAUGAUGCCUCCUGGGCCAGGAAUACCACCACUAAUGCCUGGUAUGCCACCAGGUAUGCCACCGCCUGUUGGUCCUCGGCCUGGGAUGCCUCCAAUGACACAAGCACAGCCGGUUACAGCACCGGGCAUUCUUAACAGACCUCCGGCUCCUGCUGCAUCGGCACCUACCCCCCAGCCUCCAGUUACUAAGCCACUCUUCCCAAGUGCGGGGCAGAUGGGGACACCUGUCACAAGCUCAAGUACAGCUUCCUCCAAUUCAGAAAGUCUGUCAGCAUCUUCUAACGCUCUGUUUCCUAGCACAGCACAAGCUGCAGCAGCUGUUCCAGGUCCUGUUGGUACUGAUUUCAAACCUUUGAAUUCUACACCUGCAACAACAACAGAACCCCCAAAACCUACAUUCCCUGCUUACACCCAGUCUACAGCCUCAACCACUAGCACGACAAACAGUACUGCAGCUAAACCCACUACGUCGAUAACAAGUAAGCCUGCGACCCUCACAACAACCAGUGCAACCAGUAAGUUGAUCCAUCCAGAUGAGGAUAUAUCACUGGAAGAGAGAAGGGCACAGUUGCCUAAAUAUCAGCGUAAUCUUCCUCGACCUGGACAGGCUUCAUUGGGUAGCCCACCAGUUGGACCAAUUGGAGGUAUGAUGCCACCACAGCCAGGAAUUCCUCCACAGCAACAGGGAAUGAGACCUCCCAUGCCACCUCAUGGUCAGUAUGGUGCUCAUCACCAGGGCAUGCCAGGGUAUCUUCCUGGAGCGAUGCCUCCAUAUGGUCAGGGACCUCCGAUGGUGCCCCCUUACCAAAGUGGACCUCCACGACCUCCAAUGGGAAUGAGACCUCCUGUAAUGUCGCAAGGUGGCCGCUACUGAUGCUACUACACACGCUCUAAUAGGUUUUUAGAAGUGAAGUAUAGUAAAUAUGGUUCGUUAAAUUGUGAAGGCGCUGGAAUUACAUGAACAUACCACCUUAAAGGCAAGUUCUGUAACAUUAUGUUGCUAUUUGUGAAAUGAUGCCUUCACAGCACUUCAAGUGCUGUUGGACUUCAUGUCCCCAACAUAGUUUGGUGAGGGCUGUAACUGUUCCCAGCUACUUGUACAUUUAAGUCUGAACUUGUAACAAUAUUUAAUGUAUUUAGAGUUCUUCCUGUUUCAGGGUUUAAGUAAACUGACCCACUAAGGUCGUGUGACUUUUCUGUACUGUUAUAAACUUCAUUGUAAUAAAAGAAGAGAAAAAUUUAUAUGCCUUCUUAUUCAUGACCAGCUGUGGACAACUGCCCGAAAGGUUUGUACAGAUGCAUGCCAUGGUAGCUAUUGGUGUAAUGAACACAGUUAUCGGUGCUGUUUUGAUAAAAUCUGAAUUCCUUAUUUUAAAAUGAAGUCACUCCUUAGCUGCGCAUCUGAGUAGACAAAGACCUGUACACUUAUUAACUGACUCCCCAAAAACGAGGCUGCAGGAGGCACAUCUUAACUCUUGGUUGUAACUUUUCUUAAUAUGUAUGUUUCUUUAUUUGUGCUUUCUUGUCCUCAAUAAAUUUUAAAUGAUUUCUAGUCCUGGCA